CAACACUGACUUAGGAUUUCUGGAUACCAGCAGAUUGCAUGUCAGGUUUAGAGAGGACAAAGGCUAACUCCAUCUAGCAAGCAACAUGGCUUGCUUCUGAAUUCAGGGCUUAUUAGGUAUCAUCAGGAUCUUUUGUAGAUCCCAUCUGGAUUUAUUAUAAUUGUUUAGGUGCCGUUUUUCAGGAUAACAAUCCCCCCCUGCAAAGCAGCACCCAAAUAAUAUAAACAAAUAAGAAGCAAUACUUAAAAAAAGAAAGAAACAAGCAGGAAGCUUCUAGGCCUUUCCAGAGGCUAGUUGGUGGUAAUGAUCCUGUGGGGAUGGGGAGGAAAGAAAGGAGACUUCCUCCUUUAUUCAGUGUUGGUUUCUUGUAAAUGAGGAUGAGCCACUUCCUGGAAAAGUUAGUUGUUCAUCCCUGAUAUUAUUUUGGAGACAAAACAAAAAUAUAGUUUUAAAUAAAUUGGUUGGAAUUAAUUGACUGUGGUAUUGGGGAAGAUCUAUGAUAUCCCUGUCAGAUUCCUGCUGGCAAAGCAUAAAGUAGGGGAAGGAGGAUUCUUGUUCCUAUUAUUUUCUUCCCUCUUUAUCGUACUUGCUGUCUUGUCUUUCCUUCUCAAAGGAAAGUUAGAAAUUCAGAAGGGAUUUGUGUUUGGUGGAUCAGAGAUCUCCUUCAGUCUGAUCCACAUUUACUCCUUGCCACCCAAAUCAGAAAGUAGCAGAGAUUUCUGCCACCAGAGCAUAGGAGUUGCUAACUAGUUCUCCUCCUCCUCCUCUCACCAUGGAAAAGGAGGUGAUCUACUGCCUGUUGGAUGCCCUGAGAUAAAAUUGUACAAUCUGUUCCUAGAACAUUCCUGCGUUCCCUGGAAUGUUCCAUUUAUCUUUCAGAAUGUGCCCUUCCAGAGGUUGUUUGUCUGUUUCCAGAACUGAAUCUUUUGGAACAGGAAGAGGGUUUGGAUCUUUGGAUACAGCCCAGGCAUAGAUUGCAUGGGAGUCUCAUUUAGGCCUCUCUCAUUAUAAAAGUCUGAGUCAAGCUUGUCAUUCAUAUCUGAAUAAGCAGUGGUUCCUUCCUACACUAGAAGUCAAUGAACUGUAAAAUGAGCCAGUGUUACUACUCUAAGGUCAGUCUUCGCACAGAUCUUAUUUUUGCACACAAUGACUAAACCAUUAAAAACAGCCAUAAUAAGAAAUAAUAGAAAAACGUCUUCCUUACUGUUUGUGUUCUCUCUCUCCCUCUCUCCCUUGACUCAUUGGAAAGACUCUUCCUACAAGCUCAGAAUACAGAGGCAGAAAGAAGCAUUGAAUGGACAGUGAUUAAUGAUACAAUGAAGGCCUGGAGUGAUAGCCAGUCAGACCUUUACAGCAGUGACCUAGAAGAAGAGGAAGAAAUGAUUUUUGGAGAAAACGAAGAAGACUUGGAAGAGAUGAUGGAUUUAAGUGAUCUUCCUACCUCACUCUUUGCUUGCAGUGUUCAUGAAGCAGUAUUUGAAGUUCAAGAGCAAAAGGAAAGAUUUGAAGCGCUUUUCACAAUCUAUGAUGCUCAUGUUACAUUCCAGUUAUUUAAAAGCUUCCGAAGAGUAAGGAUAAACUUUAGCAAUCCAGAAGCAGCAGCAAGAGCACGGAUAGAACUCCAUGAGACAGACUUCAAUGGGAAAAAACUGAAGCUAUAUUUUGCCCAGGUUCAGGUGCCCAGUGAAGUGGGAGACAAAUCUUACCUUUUGCCCCCCCAGCCUGUUAAACAAUUUCUGAUAUCGCCACCUGCAUCACCACCAGUAGGAUGGAAGCAGAGUGAAGAUGCUACUCCUAUGAUAAACUAUGACUUGCUUUGUGCUGUUUCAAAAUUGGGGCCUGGGGAAAAGUAUGAGCUCCAUGCUGGAACCGAAUCCACUCCGAGUGUUGUGGUCCAUGUGUGUGAAAGCGAAACCGAAGAGGAAGAUGAAGUGAAGAACCCCAAGCAGAAGAUAGUGCAGACUAGGCGCCCAGACCCACCGCCCGCCUUAAUAAGCGAAACAAAAACUCUUGAAUGUAUGCUAGAAGUAGGAGGUGGGAUGCACUACUGAUCUGAGGCUAUUAAUCAUGGCAGUGGAUGAUUACUCAUAUUUGCAUUGCUGCAUCCCGCAUAGCAGCAACAGACUCCUCUUGCAGUCAUCUCGCAUCAAGAAGACAUUUUGAAGAGCACUUUAAUUUUUAAGGUCAACUUCCAAGAUGUAGCAAACCCACUAGGCUGCCAAUCCUAGGAGAGUGCCAUUUCUGGAAUCUGUGUUACCAUCCACUUGGUGUUUGUACGGCCGAAAGGAACUUGGCUGCUGCCAUCUCUCUAUGGGCUACCACAUGGUUUUGUAUGUGAGUCUCUCAUGCAUAUUUUUGUGUGCUGGUGUAUAACAUGAAUCUGAUUCAUUUGAUGUUCUAAGUAAUAGUGACAAAAUAUAAAUGUAAUGUACAAUGUACAUUGUUAUCAGUAGGAGAAUCUCAAACUGUUUUGGGGUGAUAGAAUCAAAUAUUCAAGCAGGUUUGUUUUGUGGUUUCUGGGUUUCCCCCCCCCCCCUUAUAGGUGCCAUAGUUGUGUGUGUUGAAUGUCAAGGUAUUCUUAUGAGUUGAUGUAAAGCAAAACAAAACAAAUUGGGAGUUGUAAUAGUUCUUUUCUGCCCCCUGCAACUCGGGAAAUUAAACAAUUGAAAUACCUACAAGGAUACAGUGGAGAAUGGAUUCAUUACCUUCAGGCACAUUUUCCUAACCUGUCUUUUAACACCUGCUGUGGUUAUGUCUAACACCAGAUAUUUCCAAAGCAGGGAGUGUCUUCUUCCACAGUCCUGUGUACCGCUUACGCAGCUUGCUCUUCUUCGCCUGUUUUACAGACUAUCCUGGUUGGCCAAGCAAGUAUAGCCCGCCCACUCUUCAUUUUUCUGCUACUUCAACUGUUUUCCAUUUGUGAGAAAACCCCAAUUUAUCAUUUCUGGGCUCAGGUCACACAUGCUGUGCCAAGAUUUUUAGCCAUGGUUUGUUCUACAAGCCAUAGUAACAUGGUUUAUUGAUAAAGCUAAGCCAAAAACAAACCAGCUGCAUUAUGUCUUAUGCAAUAUGUGAAUCAGCCUGUUGUCUUAUAGAGAAUGCAAGUCAACAUUUCCCAGUGAGCUUCUGGUUGAAUUGCUUGUUUAUUGCCUGGUUUAUUUUCCUCCCUGGCAUCAACCAUCUAGCUUCAUUAUUUCUCAGGAAGGAAAGAAGAGGUGCACCAAGAUAAUCUGCAUUCUGCUGUGCAGGAGGAAGGCUAACCAUUCAGCUGCAGAGACUUGAGAAAUAAGGUUAGACCAGUUGUGUAAAUUGCUCCUUAUGCCUGCCUUUCUCUUCUCAAUGUCUUUCUGCAAAAUAGCACCUUUAUUCAAUUAUUUCUGUAAUAUUACAUGUCUGAAAGUGAAUACCUUUUUAUGGCUGAAAUAAAUGGAAAAACAGAUACAGGAAGUGUUGGGUUCUACUUUAUCUGUAUAAUCAUCAGUUAUUCCAAAUUCUUUGUGAAUCAGGUUGAAUUCAGGGCAGAGAGUCCAUUUUCCCACCUUCCCCCUGUCUCUUGACACAUCCUAGAGUUGGAGAUGGUUGUACUAUUUUCCUUAAGACUGCUACAUCUGGGCAGCAGAAAUGCAGAUGACCACCAGAUGGCAGCACAUACCGUUUUCUGGAUCUCUUUGCUGUCCCCUAGUGCUUGCUUGACUUUUGCAUCCCAGAGCUAGUAGCCCUAGUUCUGCUGCUCAUGCUUUAACCUCUCCAUGGGCUGAUUCCCAGAAAAAAAAUCCCUUUGAAUCCUCUGCACUUUUAUCAUAGGGGAAAGUGAGCAAACCACAAAUAAUGGCUAGCUGUUUACAGUGAUUCAGGAUAGUUUAAUUUUAAGCAGAACUUUGCAUUCGUAGUAGAUGAAGAGUGUCUUUGAUCAUUUCAGAACUCCUUUAUCACUAAAUUUUACUGGAUGGCCUUGAAGCAGUUAGAUUCUCAGUCUAAUCUUCAAGAAUCUGUAGGAUCAUGGGACACCUUAUGCAACUGUAAGGUCUUUUGAUGCAAACGUGAUUAAUUUAGAAGGGGAAGACUAAAGGCAACUGCCAGAAUAAAGCUUAGCUUUGACCUGUUAUUUUAAGAACAAAAGCCAGCGUAUUUAUGUAUGAAAAACACGGCUGAAGUUUCCCACAGUAUGACUUCAUUCUGGUAACAUGAAAUCAAAACAUAACAUGAUACAAGUUUUGUAUCUACAUAUAGAGAAGUAUUGAUUAUUGACAGUAAAAUACUGAGCACCGUGCUAUGUCUCUGCUGUGGUGGGAUAUUGUGGAACAGUGAGCCCCAUUUGGGCAGAUAAAGUUAGAUUCCAUUAGCUGAUCUCAAGGAAUCUCAUUGGCCCUCUGCAUUUGUGAAGUUGUGAACUUGGCUCUCUUGUUGCUGAUGGACUGCUGAGCAGCGCAGUGAGAAGCUCAUAGUUAUGGGGUUUGCUAGCAUGUUGUGUAGAACGUGGCCUUUUAUUACCUCCUACUUUCUCAGACUGAUUAAUGCUAGUAGGGAGUCCCAGCUGAAGAACAUGGAAAAUGCUGUGCUCUUUGAUUCAUCCAGCAGGAAAACAGAUACAAUACACCUUGGCAGUGUAUGAUCGAUUUGGGGCCAUGUGAUCCUCUACCUAUUUUCAAAUGCCUUCUGUAAUAGAUCACAUUAGAUCUCUGGUAGGAGUAGUUUGCUGCUUUCCUGCUGCUUCAGAGAGAGAGAGAGAAGGAGCUCUGAAAGAGGGGGAAAGGGGAAACAUUUGCUUAUCCCUACUGAUGGUGAUCAGUGGAAUCUUUCUGUAGGACAAUAGAAUAUGUGGCCCUUGAAUUGUGUUGUUUUCUCUGUAAAAUGAUCGAGGCUUCUCUUAGACAGAGAACUUUCAACACUACAGUAUUGAGGGCAGCAAAACAGAAAGCAAGCAGAGAAAAUCUUUGUGGCAACACCCAAACAUUCGGUUUAAGUCUGGCUGCAGUUUUUAUUUUGCCCACGUUAGUUGGUAUAGUGGCAUAUUUUAUUGUUUUUCACCCACAGCACCAAAGGAACUUGAGAUGGCUCUGUUGUGACUUGUCUUGCUGUUGGAAUCUCAUAGGUACCUGAUGGGUCAUUUUGAAAACAGAACAUUGGCCUUGAGUCUGAUUUGACACAGUUUUUGUAUACUCUCUCUCUCUGCCCUUCACGUACUUUGGAAGGGCUCGACAUGUUUCAUGGCUUGCAGUAUAUAUUUCUAGUCAGGUGGUGUGAUCAAUAUUAUCUUUCAACAACCCAUGCAACCUUUUUUCCCAUUUGCACUAAUCAGGAAACAGAAUUAUCAGUGCUAAUGAAGGUGUAGUUGUUUAAUCAGUUCAGUAUUUUGCAAGUUUCACGGUACAUAGAAGGAAGGGAUCCAGUCAAAAAUCCCGUCUUUUAACAGCUGCAGCAGGAAGAUGUACAAUCUGUGAAAAAAGCUUUUGGGUUUUUUUUAAAAAAUGUUGUAUAUCUUUGCCACUGUAUGUUGUUAGGGCUUCAUGGGAGUAUAUAAAGAGAACCUGAGUGAACAAAUGACCAAAUCAUCCAGAUGUGGAGUCUGCCAUUGUGAAAAGGUAAUUGUUUUCCCCGUUAAUGCAGUUCAAUUAAAGGGAUAACCAGGGGCAGCCAUGUGAAUCAUUAAACAGUCAGGGCUGAUUUAGGCCUGCUCUGCCCUAUAUAAAUCUUACAAACUUUGGCUCUUCUUGUAACAGUAAAGUUCUUUCUCCCAGAACUGUAAAUACUGUUUGCUCAUGCAUAGCUCUUGUUGCACUUACAGGGUAUUACACUAUUAUCUUGCCAGCAAACUGCUAAGCCUCUUCUGCGGCUAAAAAAAAAAGGGUGUAUUCAUGUUUGUGAAAUUAAACAAGGUGGAAGUUUCUUUUGUGAAAUGGAGCUGCACAGGCUACCUGAAUGAGGAACUGAAAUGAAUAUCUCUGCACACCUCCAUGUAAACUUUGGACUUGCAUCCCAUGGUCAAACCUCAUGGUGGUUUCAAUAUUUGUUAAGUAUUCUCCAAUAGAAAUUGUUUCUGUGCAACAUGCCUGCAAUGGGAUAACCCAGCCAAGACAGCAUUUGGGAUGUGUCUAUUCCAAAUAAACCACUGUGAAUAAAACAAGGAUAGCAUUUGGAAA